AUGGAUUCCAACAAAAGGUACUUGGGAAUAUGGUACACCGAUAUCCCGUUCCAGCCGAUGUGGGUUGCCAACAGAAACACGCCUUUAUAUGACAAUUCUGGUGUUCUCUUCAUAGAUAAAGCAGGAAAACUGAUUGUUACAAACAAUGCAGGGGACCCUAUUCGGUUGUAUGAGAGUGAAUCCGACAACAUUAACAUAACUGCAACUUUGUUGGAUUCAGGAAAUUUUGUAGUGAGUGAGGAAAAUUCCUAUGGAUCAACAAAGCAGCCAUUUUGGGAAAGCUUUGACUAUCCCACUGACACACUUCUACCUGGGAUGAAAUUAGGAGUCAACCACAGGACCGGCAAGAACUGGACUCUUACAUCUUGGUUCGCUGAAAAUGAACUAGCUUCAGGGCCUUUCAGUCUUGAAUGGGAUCCUAGGGGACAUCGAUUGGUAGUUAGGCGGCGAGGAGUGAUUUAUUGGACUAGUGGGGUGUCCAAGGAUAAGGCAUUUGAAUUUAUGCCUAAAACUGAUCCUAUGAAUAUCAAGUACGAUUUCACCAGUGUUACAAAUGAGGAAGAGGAAUACUUUACUUAUUCACUUGUGAAAGAUCAUGAGUUUAUGCCUGGGGGUCGAAGAGUUAAAUCGGGAUGGGUGUUAGAUUACCAGGGGCGAAUAUAUGACCAAGAUAUGACUUCGAUUGCUCAAGUCAAUCUUUGUUAUGGUUACAACACCAAAAUAUCGAAAGUCAAUGGUGGAUGCGAGCUAUGGGAGCAGCCCAAGUGCAGGAAUCGGCACCAGAAGUUCAAUGCAAGAUCUGGGUACUUUGGUGAUACUGGUAAAGCAUCACAUGUUGACGAUAAUCAGAGCCUUAGUCUCAGUGAUUGUAGGGAUAUAUGUUGGAAUGAUUGUGAUUGUAUUGGUUUUAGGAGUUCUGGUUUUAGUAGUAGUGGCACUGGAUGUAUAUUUUGGAGAGGAAAUUUGGAGUUCCAUCAAGAUUACAGUGGCGUUACAAUUGUUCAUUACGUUCUUAUUUCAGAAGCUCUGAACAACUAA